UGGAGCCAACAGCCAAUAUGGGAGGAGAUGGGGGUUUUUGGGCAACCAACCCCAGAUUUGUGGGGUUUUGAGCAGGUUUGCUCCGUCAUCCCUUCCUGGGAAGCUGCAAGGAGGAACACAGGGCAGCCUCAGGGUCAUCGCUGGGUGCAAGGUGCUUCCAGGCACUUGCUGUUUAUUUUUGGCUCCUGGGACAACUGUCACCUGCUCUGACCCCUGUCCUGAGCCAAGCCUUAAAUCAGUUUCCCCACCACUGUGGUGUAGGCAUCCAUCUCAUCAAACCCCCAAGUGAAAAUCUGCAUUUUGCGCUUUCUCAACCCAAAUUGAUCCUUUCCCUCCCCUCAGCCGGCGCUGGGGGUGGUAGGAUUUUGGCACCUCCCAGUCUCACCUUGCUGGCAGCUGACUCACCAUGGCCCCAGCCGGUUCCUGGGACAGGUUUGGCCGGGACUGGCAGUGCCUGGAUGGGGACGGCGAGGCCUGACCUUGGCCGGUGGCAGCCAGAGCCUUCCCAGGGCCCUGGGAAAAGGGACAGCUGGAGGGGCCGGGCCAGGGACCACGAUCCCAAUCCCAAUGGGAUUUAAGAGGCCCCAGGGCACUGUUGGGAUGCGAGACCGGCUCUCCCAGCUGACCAUGAGGCUGCCCGUGCUCCUGGCUGCCCUGGUGGCAGUGGCCACCUGCACCGAGACCUUCGUCGGGCACCAGGUGCUGCGUGUCACCCCCAAGAGCGAUGAGGAGCUGCAGAAGGUGCAGGAGCUGCAGGCCCUGGAGCAUCUGCAGCUGGAUUUCUGGCUGGCUCCCCGCGGGCUCGGAUUUCCCAUCGACAUCCGCGUGCCCUUCCCCAGCCUGCAGCCCGUCAAAGCCCACCUGGAGGCCAGUGGAGUCUCCUAUUCCAUCCUGAUCGAGGACGUGCAGGCCCUGGUGGAUAAAGAGCAGAUGGAGAUGCUCCGGAGCAGCCGCCAGCUGCUGCUCAACACCAACACCUUCAACUACGAGGCCUACCACACCCUGGAUGAGAUCUACAAUUUCAUGGACCUGCUGGUGGCCGAGAACCCCAACCUGGUGAGCAAGCUGGAGAUCGGCCGCUCGACUGAGAACCGUCCCCUCUACGUGCUCAAGUUCAGCACAGGGGGCACAAACCGCCCGGCCGUCUGGAUCGACACCGGGAUCCACUCCCGCGAGUGGGUGACACAGGCCAGCGGCGUCUGGUUUGCCAAGAAGAUUGUCCAGGAUCACGCGAAUAAUGAAGGUGUGGCCUCCAUCCUGGAGACGAUGGACAUCUUCCUGGAGAUCGUCACCAACCCCGAUGGCUUUGCCUUCACCCAUAGCCAGAACCGCAUGUGGCGCAAGACCAGGUCCAAGCACGCGGGCUCCAUCUGUGUCGGAGUGGACCCCAACCGCAACUGGGACGCAGGUUUUGGAGAGGCCGGAGCCAGCGGAAACUCCUGCUCGGAGACGUACCACGGACCCUACCCCAACUCGGAGCCAGAGGUGAAAUCCAUCGUGGACUUUGUGAAGAGCCACGGGAACAUCAAGGCUUUCGUCUCCAUCCACAGCUAUUCCCAGCUCCUGCUCUAUCCCUACGGCUACACCGAAACCCCAGUGCCGGACCAGCAGGAACUGCACGAGGUUUCCGCCAAGGCCGUGGCAGCUCUGUCCUCCCUGUACGGCACCAAGUACAAGUACGGCAGCAUCAUCACCACCAUCUACAGAGCGAGUGGAGGAACCAUUGACUGGACCUACAACCAAGGGAUUAAAUAUUCCUUCACCUUCGAGCUGCGGGAUACGGGGCGCUACGGAUUCCUGCUUCCCGCCAAACAGAUCGUUCCCACCGCCGAGGAGACCUGGCUGGCGCUGAAGGUCAUCAUGGAGCACACCCGGGACAACAUGUACUGAGCUGGGAUCAGGGCUGGAGCAGCUGGAGAAGGGGAAGAAGGCAAUAAAUAAAUGGAAAG